UUCAUAUUUAUCAAUUCGCUCUCUCUAUAUUGUCUUGAUUUAGGUCGAUUGCAAUCAUAUCAUUCACAACAUGAAGGUUAGCCUCUUGUUGGGUUUUCUUCACCUUGGAGCUGUCCACGCUCUAUGGCCCGUCAAGGAUUUCAGAGUUGACGAUUUACCAUCCACUAGUGACAUCGACUUGAAAUCUAAUAUUAAAAACGAAAACAUCGACACGCUUGUCCACAAGGACGUUGCGACUUCGUCGAAUGCUACAGAGGGACCUGUGUUCAUCGACAACGUUAAUCUCCAAUACCUUUUCACGGACAAUGCCAGUUCGAUCUACUAUUUGUAUGCCAAUAUCAGUGAUUCGCGAAACGAGUACAAUGACCAAUUCGCCUUGCUUCUAGACACUGGCUCGUCCAUUACAUGGCUUUACAACGAAACAUGUACCGAGAAUGGCUGUAGCAAGCUGGGAGUGAACAAGUUUGAUGAUUUUUCUGAUUCUAUUGUGCCCGAGUCAGACUUUCACUUGUCUUACACGGGAGAAACCGUGGCUGGGGAUAUUGUAUCGUUGGAAGAAAACAAUCUCUCAUUGACAUUUGGUAAUAGUAGAGUUGAAUUCAGCAACCUUUCUAUCGGAUUGACUAGCAAUUCGCCAGAAAUGUUUAAAGGCUAUGCUAUCAGCGGCUUGCUUGGGAUUUCAUCUUCCAACAACAAUGACCCAGUCAGAAACAUCGUCAGCCAAUACUAUGCCAGCAACAGAAUCAGUAAGGAAAUGUUUGCAUUAUUCUUGAAGUCAAACAACCAGACGAUCACCCACGUUGAUUCCAAUAACAAAGAGUUCGAUCCUCUUCCAAAUGAUUUCGGCGGAAUGGUUAUAUUUGGUGCAGGGGCCCAAAAUUAUCUCGACAGUUUCCCCGGAAAGACAAUCUACACUAAAGUCAUAGACAACGACAAUGCCUACUGGUUGAUAAAUAUAACACAGGUGGAUACUACUAACUCAACAGCCAAAAAAACCUUCACUUUCGACAGUCGUGGGGCCAUUAUAGACACAGGAACCACUGGCAUUGUUCUUCCUGUUACUGACGCGGAUGCUCUUCACGAAAGCCUUUUUGGCAAUACUUUUGUCACGGAUGGCAAAGGUAACUACGCCUUUCCCUGCAAUACAGAAAACAGCAGCAUCUUCUUUUCUCUCGACGACGGACAGCUUGAAGUUUCGUCCUCUUUCUUCAUGGGAGACAGUUACGACCAGCCGGGUUUACAGGGGCUAUGUGCCCUGAAGAUUCAGGGAAUCGACGGUUACAACAACUGGGUUUUGGGGGCUUCGUUCUUGAACAAGUUCUACACUGUCUUCGACUUGGAAAAGAAGCAGAUUGGAUUUGUGGAUGCUGACGUUAGUUCAGUGAUCUUGAAACAAGAAUCCAUCUUGACGGAUACACUGUUUGUUGGUUCUGAUGUUUCCGCAGUCAUUGAUCCUCCAUCAAGUUCAGACUCCAGCGAAAGCAGCGGCUCCAAGGAUUCUAAAGAAUCUAAUACUACUAGCAAUGAAAGUACUGACAGCUCUAAAUCUACAGUUCGUUCGAAGCAAACUCAUUCUUCGACGAUUUUAGUUUCGUCUGCAACCUCUACCAAAACGUCUUCAAGCUCGAUCGUGAAUUCUGACACCAGCAGCUCGAGCUCAGCACCAUCCACAGAAUCCAACAAUUCUAAAUCCCAUAAUGUGAACAACGGAACUAGUACAUUGAUACCUAAAUCGUUCACAGUAUUCAUGUCUGUCAUACUUUCACUUUUUGUUUGUGUAUUAAUCUAACCCUUUAUAGAAUCACAUAGUACACUUUCAAAAAUAAAAACAGUUAUUCGUAUAGUUUGGAAAAUAGAACUACGAUAAUAUACAUCUAAUUGGU